UCGAACUCCUCGGCCUCUUUAUUUAUUCCAUAAGUUGGCUGCAAACAUUACGCAUGCGCAUUGAAGUUACUAUCCCGUUAAGUCCUAAAGUUUUUGUUUUCUUUGUUAUUGUUUUGUUUGCCGGAUGUCCAGCAGAAUUAUUAAUCAGUAUGAUUGGUGAAUAAAUAGAUAAUGGCUUGGUUACAUUCUCCUUUUACAAGGCAACAAGGACUUGGAGAAAGUGGAGGAAGUAACCUGAGAAAAGGAUAUAAAGUUACUUCAAAUAAGGAUUGUGAUCCAGAUAAUAGUGAUACGCCACUUUUAUUUGAUGCUCCACCUUCAAAGACUGAACAGAAAUCUUUAAAUACUGAUUGGUUUGGAAAUACGUCAUUAGCUUCAAAAAAUCAAGCUAUUUCAAAAACUAGCUUGCCAACUAGUUUUUUCCAGAAAAGUGGCAACAGUGGGAAAUCCCAAAUGACAUCCAUCUCUCAGGAAGCAAAUAUUAUGCAGCUGCAAAGUAAACAGACAGAAGACAAGAAACUUUUAAAUUACAAUGAAAAGAAAAACAAGGAGUUUCAAGAUGAAGAGGAGGAUGAGUCUGAAGACGAGUGGUGCGUACCGAAAAGUGGCGGUUAUCACAAAGUGAGAUCUGGUGCGGAUUAAAUAUGUAUGUUUUAAUUUCAUGAGGAUACUUUAUCUUAUAUGUCUACUUUCUACAAUAAGUGAGUGUUUAUCCUCUUUCAGUUUACCUGUCACAUUUUACUCGUUAGAAGUAUUUUGUGAAAAGUUUAACAUUAGAAAUCCAAUUAUCUACACGAAUAUAAGCAUAACCCAACCUGUAUUAUCAAAAAUAUUACUAUUACCCUGAUUAAUGAUAGAAAAUGUUUAAAAAAAACUGUUAAAUAUUUUGCGAAAAUUAAAAGUACUUAUCAAGCAAACAGUUUUUUUAACUCUACCCUGUGAACAAUGGGGAAAACGCAUUGGAAUUAUUUUUUUCCAUUAUUAUGUGAAUAAUUUUUUUUUCUCGUUCAGUUAGCAUUAUUUUAAUUAAACAAAGCAGAUUUUUGAUUUAUGCUAAUUUUUUAAAUUGAUAUUAAGAAAAUUUUUUAAAUCUUUUUAGUAUUUUUUGUGAGUUUCUCAUAUUUUCUUACCAUUCAUUUAACUCUCAGAUCUCUCUAAUUUCCUUAAAAUGUCAUCCCCUGUCAUUGUUUAUUUCCCCCAAAACAUUCCAGAUAAUUGGAAUUCUAUUGUAAUUUAAUCAAUGCAAUAUUUGCUAGAUUGAAUCAUCAGAAAAAAAGAAUGUGUAAAAUUGAAACAAAUCAAAUUUAUGAUUUGUCUGCACCUUCCUUUAUCUAUUAAUGUUACAUUUAGAAUCUACUAGUUAUUUUUCAAAUGUAUUAUGUGGCUUAAAUGGAUAGUUUUAGGUUAGUUCUGUCAGUUUAAUUGAAUGUAAACAUACAGUAGACAAUACAGAUAUAAUAAAAUUCUACCAAUUUCAAGAAUAUGCUCAAAAAACCAAUUAAGAAAAGUGCUCAAAAUUGGAAAUAGGCUUUCUUCUGUCUAAAAAUAUUGACAAUUUUUUAUUUCUUAGCUAAUUUUCAGCUUUUGUUAUCUUCUCACCACUUUAAUUUAAUUCACAGAUCUUUUCAGUUAUUUCGCAAUAAAAUUUCAUUUUGAGUCAUUAUUCACUUUAAAACAUUCCAUAUAAUUGGAAUACUAUUGUAAUUUAGUUAAUGCAAUGUUUAUUAGUUGAAAUCAAAAAAAUAAGUAAAAUAAAAUCUAAAAUGAGUACAAUUAAAUUUAUGAUUUGGCUGCACUAUAAUUUAUCUAUGAAUGUUACAUUUAGAAUCUACUAGUUAUUUCUUAAAUGUAUUAUACGGCUAAAAUGUUAGUUAUGUCUCAAGUCAAUUGUGUCUGUUUUAGUGAAUAUAAACAUAUAAUAAACAAUAAAGUAAGAUUCUACCAGCUGCAAGAAACUGCUCAAAAAGCCAAUUUAAAAAAGUGCUCAAAAUCUGAAAUUGAUGUAGUUAUGUCUCAAAAGUAUUGACGAAUUGUGCAGUAAAAAUAUCAUGGUUAGAUUUAAGGAAUUUAUGUUCUUUUAAUUUAAGAAUAUUUCUAAAAAGAUAGAAAAUACUAUUGUAUUAAUUAUUCUAUUUUUUUAUUAUUCUAUUUUUGAUGGUCUCAAAGAGUUAUUCUUAUUUUUCAGCUAAGGUGUCAUCGCCUCUUAAUGGAGAAUUAUUUAAAGUUAUAGUAUUAAAAUUUUAAAUAUAUAUAUAUUUAUAUAUCUAUUUGAAGAGUUUUCUAUAUAUUACAUUUUCCAAAAAUAUUUAUUCGAUAAAUAAAUAUAAUAUCUAAGUUUUCUUAAGAGUUUUAAAAUUUUUGAGAGACAAAUAAGUACCUAUAUGUACAUAAAUUUCAAAUGCAUAUUUUUUUUCAUUUUAUUGACCAUGAAAUAUAUUAAUCCGAAAAGAUCUGCUUAUAUCAAACGUGCAGUUGUGAUUAUAGAAUCAAUUAAAUUAUUUGACAUUUUGUUGAAUAUUUUUUGAUGAAAUUCAUGUGUUUAAAAGUUAUUAAGAUAUGAUAGCUAUAUGCUGUUAACACUAUCAGUAGAUAAAUAACUUAAUUGAGACGACCGGCCUGUGUUCUGGGUUCGAAUCCCGGGUAAGGCAUGGAUGUUCUUUCAUUCUCUGUACCAUCUUUCCUUACAGUGGGAGCAACGUUGGCCCACCUAAUAGGGUGUCCCUGAAAAAGUGGCCCACAAAUCUGCCCUGUAAAUACCUGUAUGACGGAAGGUUAUUCCCCCGGUGGGCAUUGGAAGAAAUAAAUAUGUAUCUUAAACAAAAAAUAUAUUCCGUUUUUUUUUUUACUUUUUUUAAAAAAUUAAAUGAGAAAUGCAAAUUAUUCAUUAUAUUUAUGUUAACUUAUAUGGCUUAUAAAUUUGUAAUUUUUUGUUACAAAUUUUAAGAUAAAUACGCAGAUGCAAAAAGAUGUAGUAGAUAUUACUAUUCAAAUAGGUAAAUUUCCCAUGCAACAUUUUUGGCUCAUGUUAGUGGUAAAAAGUGUUGACUUUUCUUAGAAUCAAAUCGA